UCGGUACUGACAACUGAAUAAAUAAGAUGACACGACUGCAGCCAGGUUUUUACUUAUCCGUGUUAAUCACACUCCUCUUCCUUGUCCAAACUGUGUUCGGAAUUCUGCGCUACUCCGACCUCUCCUGUUCCGACUUUGUCCCCCGGAACGUGGACAGUGGGAACGACAACGGGCAGGAUUACGCCCAGUACUACGGGUCCUCUCGCUUCGGGGAGGGCGGAAGUUGGGCUUCCAGGUACCGGAUUCGAAAUCGCUAUGGGAAGAAACUAGUGCAGAAGAAGAGGUCGAUUGGGGGGCUGGGGGAAGGCUACUCGAACGAACCGCCCUACAAAAUAUCCGUCACUGGGCGAAGGUAUCGCAGGAACUCCGAUCUCUUGGUUCGCAUUGAGGGUGGAGAUUUUGACGGUUUAAUGGUUCAGUCCCGUGUGGUUGCGGGGGACGACGUGCUGCGAGGCGGGGUCGGACUUAUCGGCCAGUUUCGAUAUCUCCCUUAUCUCUUCGAAUACAGCCCCUGUUUCAACCUCCCAUUCGCCACGGUCAUCGACAAGGGGCGACCCGUGAAGCUGGGAAAUGUUUCCUUCAUCUGGACCGCACCAGAUGCGGAGGCAGGCGACAUCAGAUUCAUAGCCAGCGUCCUUCGUGGGAUUCAUUACUGGAUCAUAGUUUCCAACGUCCUCUCCUUCAAUCCGUUUCCGAUAAGCACUUAUGCCUGUGGUUCGUCCAUGGCGUGUUUCCGGGUGUGUCCAUACGGAGCUUAUCCUUGCACUGCUGCGGAGGCCUUGCUAAUAUUCUCGUACGGGGUGGACUUCCGGGACAAAAGCGAAAUCACUUUCACCCUCGGAGGACGUCUUCAUCACAACAGGACCUACAUUGCGGUCGCGUUUGGGGACGACCUGAGCAAGCUGGUCCAGGCGGACAUGACGGUGUGCUACUUGGAGCGAGGAAGGGCCAGAAUGGAACAUCUGCUCAUCGAAAACCUCCAACUGCCUCCCUAUCAGCACAACGAGGUAAUUGACCUUGACGAUUUCGACGUGGACGGGAAAAUGUUAUGGUGCAAAUUUCGAAGGCCGAUUAAUCCCUCGACCAUAAUUAACCCGAGGACGAGUCUUUACCAUUUUUACUUUUCUGGGAACAUCGACUACCAAUACCAAAGAUUCGUUUUGCCUUCGAGGGACAGGAUCUAUCAUUCUGCUUUCAAACGCAACUUUUCACACGCUUUCAAUGAAAUUGUUUCCGGGACUGGAGUCCUAUCGUCAGAAAUUUGGAGUUCUUUUGCGUGUUUUGCCCUUGUCAAACUCAUGCAUUAAAAAUUUAUAUAUAUAUUUUUUGUGUACCAAAAAUUAAUAAUAAUUGAACGAUUUAGAAGUUUCAAAUAAAAAAGAAUGAGUGAAGACAAGUUUUCUGGGCAAAAUGAUUGACCUCUAUCCGCCACCGUACUCCCCGUGUACGUUUUUUCAAGAAAGAAAGUAAGUCAAGGUGAAAGUACGAGUUUCAAGUUCGUUGAAGCUAUUCUGAAAAAGUGUCGAUAAACUUUCUUUACGAAAAAAAGUCUCACCUUCACGACGAAAUGGUGAAUUUUAUGAGACUUAUUAAUCCUAAAUAACUUAUUAAUCCUUAUUAUGAAUCACGCACACACAUCAACACUCAAAAAUGGGAUUCUUCAGAACACGGACGUAUGAAAUCUGCUGG